CUUCUCCUUUUGAACACCUUUCAACUGAAUUGUGAAAGAAGAAAAAAAAGAGAACUGGCCCCAAGCAUGAUUUCAAGACUUGCUGGUGACUCAACCUGGGCCAGAUACUCACUGGCUUGGUCUGGUAUCCAGGCCCUGGUAAUCGUGGCUCUCGAGUCUGUCAUUUUUAAGCUGCACGCGACAGAGGCUCGCAACAUUAAGCUCGUUGUUCCCGCUGCCUUGGUAGUGCUCCAAUCAAAGAACAUUCACGAUAUUCCGAAUCCAACACAAGUAAUCCAGAGUGCUCGCGUUUUGUCCGUAUACCAUGUGCUGUUUAUUGUUGCUCAACUCUUUCAGCUCAUUCUCUUGUGCGACGCGAUGUUCAACAAAAAUACAAUUCAGAUCAUUGCUAUCGUCGCAUUCAACUGUGCCAUGGUUGCUUACGCAGGAGUUCAGAUAAAGCAGGCAACGGAUAUUCUCGUCGAAACACCAAACGACUCACUCUCCAACACAAUUCUCGACAUUUUCAAGGCAACGCCUAACCCAACGAUUCACCAUGCUUCAUUGCCUUAUGAAAUCGCGGUCAUUUGCUUCAUGGUCAUAUUCGCCUCAGGAUUCGCAAUUAUUGCAUAUAAACUCUACAAGGAAUUUGGAUGGAGCAUCUAUAAAAAGAUUGGCGCUGAUCUAGCUAUGCGAGACAUGUACAAGGUCUAUCAAAUCUUCAUCAUGAUCGUCAAGUUUGAUAUCUUUUUCCAGCUGGGCUUUUCGGCCCAAUUCUUGUCAGUGGUUGUGUUGCAAGCAGAGUCCCCCGAGUCUUCUACCUACAACUUGUCGGAUGAGGAAAUGAGGCGAAUUUUAAUUUUUCACCUAAUCAUGUCAACGGGUGCAUCUAUCAUUUUGCCAAUCUUGGCGUGGUGGGGACUGAAACGUGAGAGCAAGAUCGCGAUGUAUUGCUUUAAUGCUGGUGGAUUUGCAACGCUUGUCUACAACAUUAUUAAGCUUAAUCAAGUAUUCAACAGCCCAGAUAGGUUCACUGGCGCAAACAAGUUCCUCACAUUCUUCUUGAUUGUCAAUUUGAUUCUCGGAAUGGUUACAAUAUAUCUUGCAUGGGUUUGCAUGAAGAACUUUAACAAUGGACUGAACGCACAUAUUGGCAAGGUUUCUGGAACAAACAUCUAUCCCAUGGAAUCCGUCAACGGAUCCGGAAAACGGUGGUCAAUUGAAUAAUAGCUUUGAAGGGUUUAUAUACAAUCUUCAACUAUACCCAUUACACCUUUUUAUUCUUUCUCUCUUUUUAAUUCCUUUUCUAUCCUUCUUCCUAUCCACUUAUUACUCCUUAACUGUACCUAUAUAAACGAUC